UCCCAAGGAGCAGCCCGAUGGCGACAGCGAGCUCGGCAUCAGCCGGCACCAGGGCAGUGGCCAAAGCCGGCCAGUUGCUGUCGUGCCGGCGUAUCCUGAGCUGCCCGUCGGUGCCGGGGGUCCGCCGCCUGAGCGCGGUCAAAGCCAGCGGCCACAGCCGCUCGCGGAACACGCCGGAGGCGGAUCGCUCGGUGCCGCUGGUCAGUCACCACCGGGCCACCCGCUCGCUCGUCUACCGGGACGUCAAGCUGUUCCUGAACGAGAUCGGCGCCGAUCCCCGGGAAGCCCGGUACUGGCUCACCCAGUUCCAGAACUCCAGCAGCAGCGGCAACAACAAACCCUUCGCCGUGGUGGAGGUGGACGAAGAGGUCUUUUACUCGAAAGAGAUGGUAUCCAGUCUGGCAUUCGGCCUGGCAUUCCUACAGCGAAUGGACAUGAAACCUGUGGUUGUGAUAGGAUUUUCAUGUCAGCAGGUUGGAGAGCGAUCCGAUUCAUUCACUGAAACCAAAUCCUUAUUACUCAGGAAUUGCAGGAUCCUAACUGAUGCACUGCAUAGGAAUUCAGCUGUCAUCAUGCCAUUUUUUAAUGGAGGUUCCUUACUGAGAGCAGAGAAGUCUUCGUCUCACAACAGUUUUGGGAACGUAAUUUCGGUGGAGGAAGAUCUGUUAAGUUGGAGCCUGGAGUCUGGUCACAUUCCUAUCAUCUGCUCUGUGGGAGAGACUUCUGAUGGACAAUUAGUGCUUCUAAAUUCCUUGGGUGUCACAGCAACAAUUGCCAAGUUAAUGCAACCCCUGAAAGUGAUGUUUCUGAACAAUUCUGGAGGUCUUCAGGACUAUGACAGAAAGGUUCUGGGACAGAUCAAUCUUCCAUCUGAUCUAGAUCUUCUUUCAAAUGCCAACUGGAUUAGCGAAAAAGAGGAAGAGAAAGCAAAAGUGAUCAUGGAUCUCCUCAAUCACAUACCAUCAGAGUCAUCUGCUGUCAUCACUUCUGCCAACACCAUACUCACAGAGCUCUUCAGUCACAGAGGAGCUGGGACAUUAUUCAAAAAUGCUGAACCCAUCCGCAGAUACACAAGUCUCGAUGAAAUAGACACAACCCGUCUAAUAUCACUCAUAAAUAAAUCUUUUGGAAAAGAUCUACACAAGGACUAUAUUUCAUUACUGAAUCCCAGGCUACAUUCUAUUUAUUUAUCAGAAGGGUACAGCGCUGCUGCAAUUAUCACCAGAGAGCCUGUCCUGAAUGGAAUGCCAUAUCUUGACAAGUUUGUGGUCAGUACAAAUAAACGUGGCCAAGGUACCAGCCUGAUGCUUUGGGAAUGUAUUCGCCAGGAUUUUGACUCUCUGUUCUGGAGAUCAAGAGCGACAAACAGAAUCAAUCCCUGGUAUUUCAAACAGUGCGAUGGAAGCUUUACAACUGGAGAGUGGAUCGUCUUUUGGUAUGGCCUGUCUAAUAUGCGUGACUCUUAUGAACUCGUGGACCAUGCAGAAAGUUUACCUGAUUCAUUUAUACAACCAAAUUAGCCUCUAAACCAGCCAUCAUCUGCUACAGAAAACUCAAACUAAAUCUCAGCACUUUCUGUGCUAGGUAUUCUUUGUCAUCUGAAUCUGAAAUAUUGCUGCUCUAAAAGUUAGAUUUGCCUUAGUUUACUUCUUUGGCAUACCCAGUCACUCUGAAUGCCUCGUCCUUUUUAAUCUGUUGAGUGGGAUUGGUUGCCUACAAAUUCUAUUAUACUAAAAGAGUGAAAAAUUCUAUUUUUAUUAGCACAAGGCUAGUAAAAUCAAAAUUAAUGAGAAUUUUAAAAUCAACUACACUUCUGUCUUCUACAAAAUAUUUGUUGUAAAUGAUAACAAUGAUUGUUAAGCUUGUUUUUACUAAAACUGAGCAGAGAGCUGCACAGGUAAGCUUGCUCACAGACUCAUCAAACACACCGUGCCAUCAUCCCCCAUUUGGAAACGUCCAAGAGCAGAACAAUGGACCUCUCAAUGAUGCAUAUGAUUUCCACUGACUCAGAGGAAGGUUGCACACAAAGUGCAGUCUGUUAGCUAAAACAGGUUGCCACUCAUAGCCGAACUGAGGAAAAUGUGUCUGAUGAGAACAAUUGUCUUGAAUGAGAUGUAAGAAGCUCGAUCUACUAUGUAGAAACUUCCAAGAGGGAGUAAACUUCAAAUUGAAUUAUGUAAAGAUUCUUGUGGCCAGUGAUUCUGAAUUCCUUGCAUAAAAUCCACGAGAAAGGUUUUUUUUUAAAAACAUUGUAGCUUAAUAACCUGGAAGGAAAACCCUAUCUGUAUAGUGCGCGUUUCCAGUGUGGCUUUCUUCAAUGGUGUAAAUGAGGAAUGCAAAUCACAUUGGUAGCAGUGCAUACCCCCCCUUGGAAUGGUAGAAUAGUGGUUGGUUAUCUACCUGAAUUGUAAUCCCGAACAUUGAACAAAUAAUCCAAAGCCAUGGGUUCAAAUCCCACAAUGAGAAGAUGAGAUUGUUAAUAAAUGAAUCAAGAAUGAAAAAGUUGAAUCAGAAAUUAGGGCAAUGUAAUGACUAGCCUUUGUAAAAGCCUAUCUAGUUUACUGCUAUCCUGGAAGAAGGGAUUUUUGCCAAUCUUAGCUUGUACUUGACUUUUCAGUCUUGGCAAUGCAACUUAACUGACCUCUGAAAUGGUUGAGCUGGGCAUUCUGUUAAGGACAGUCAGAGAUGGCACACCAAUUCUUCCUUGUUAGCAGCGUCCAAGUGCUAUGACUGAAUUAAAGAUCAUGUAAAGAGCAGCGAGAAAAUGACAGGAUUGUAUCACUUCUAAAAGAAUUAGCUAAAAGCUAAGCACAUAAUUAGAGCUCUAUACCUAUUGUUUGAGAGUUAACCAUGCUAUUUAAUUUGACAGUUAUUUUAGAACUGAAAAAGAUCCCGUUAGCAAUUCCUGGAAGGCAGUCGUAGAGUAUACUACAAUAAAAGCAAUAUUAUUGCAGAAACUCAGUAGAACUGCAAGAAUAUGUGAAAGGAGAAACAGUUAAUAUUUGAGGCCAUUCAGCUCAUCAUGUCCAUGUCUCAACAAAUUCAGUUAAUCCCACCUGUAUCUUUGCCCCACAGUAGUCCUGCAAUUAUUUUAUCUUCCCAUCACCAUUGGGUUCUUAUACCAGUCACCUUCAAUUGGUGUUCUCUGCUGCUCAACAGUUUUCUUCUGUCUACUUGUCAAGACCACAAAAUUUUGAACAUCUCUGUCAAACCAUCUCUGCGUCAUUUCUCAUCAAAGGAGAACAAACCUAGCUUCUUGUAUGAUGCAUUAGAUCUUCUCAUUCCUGGAACCAUUCUUGCAAAUCAGUUCUGCCUGUUCAUCUUUCCUCACACAAGGUGUCCCAGAAUUGGACACAUUACUCCUGUUGAGGCUGAGCCGGAUUCAUCACUAAAUUCCUUGCUUUUUAAUCUAUAUGCCUCUACUUAUAAACCCCAAUAUCCCAUCUGCUUUUUGAGCCUUGGUGCAGGGUGCUAUUGACCACAUGCACGUCACUUUCAAUCCGUCAUGCAUCAGUGUCAUGCUAGUCAAAAUGGGAUUCAUUCCCCUCCACCUCCAUAUGGCACAUGGUCAUUGAUUGUGUUAUGUCUGGCAAUAACCAUAAAAGCUUCAUUCUGCAGCAGUCAGCCUACAAAUGAGUCACCAAAGCAACUCAAAAAGCAAUUGUUGGACAACAAUUUUACUUAAAUUAGCAGACAGCACACGGUUUGUGUACUACCUGAAAUUGCCCCAGCAGUCAAAGGGUUAUUGUUCAUUUUUAGCCCCUAUCCAAAUUUAGCUAAUAACAUAAUCAACAUUAUCUUUUGAGAUAUUUGUAUCUGGAAAGAAAUGUGAAGAAAACUAAUAAUAUAUAACUUAUAUGUGAGAAUUGUAUCCACUAUUCAAGAUAUAUAUCUGUAAGCAGUCUGGGCAAUAGUUCAUAAUGGGUAUAGGUUAGAGAUUUUUAUUUAAUUAUACUAAUUUUCUUUCAGCAAUGGUUUCAUAUCCUAUCAUGGAUAUGCAGUGGUACUAAUAUGUAUCAUUUAUAAAUUCAUUUCAAGAUAAUUAGGAACUUGCCAAACCGUUCAAACAGACAAUCCUGUCCUAAUUGUAGACCGUAAGAGUGGAGCAGAAAUAAUACAUUCAGCCACCUGAGUCUGCUCCACCAUUCAAUCACAGCUGAUAUGUUUCUCAGUAGUAGUAAGCCAAAGGUAGGGCUGGAAUUAAUGCAUCUCUGUCUUAGGUCGAGAGCACAUUUGUAUUUCUUUCCUUCAUUUGUAUUUUGAGUAUUGAAUUCCUUCUUGACUCUGAAAGCUUUCAAAUUAAAACCUAUGUAUUUAUGAAACAAUUUGUUUUAAUCAAAGGAACAGAAAUGCCAAGACCCUCAAUCUGCUCGUCAUUGAAAUGUUAUCAUCAAUUAUAACAAAGAAUUAACAGAUUACUUGUCAGUUCUGUGCUGUUGAGAGAUUUUAAAUUCUACUCUUUAUCUAACUCUAAUUAGUUGUGGACAAGGAUGAUGUCCAAAAAAAAAAGCAAAUGUGGUUUUGCAUCAAUUCUCUCCAUUUUUAGGAGACCUUUUGUUCAUCAUGAAUGCUACCUCAACGGAAAUCUUUAUCCUUGGAGUAGGCAAAUAACAUUUUAGUAAAAUAUUUACUCAUAAAAGCAUUUGAAUAUUAAUGCGGUAUUGGCAUAGUGAUGAACAGAUGAGCAUCUGUUCAUUUGUCAGUACACUGAUGAUGGAAGGGUAAUUUUGUGAGGCUUUUCUUUUUCUAAUAAAGUUCCGGUCUACUGAGACUGCGUGCUCAACUGAACGGACAAUUAAUUUUAUGAGGACUCAGUCCACUUAUACUCCAAGGAGUCCGAUAUUGUGCUUACCAGUCUAUUCCUCCUUGGUUGAUUUUGUUUUGUUAAAAAACACAAAUAAGAGAUGUUACUUCAAUAUGAUAGAUAGGGUCAUGGCAUCAGAUGCCAUUAGGAUUUUCUAUCAAAAUGCUGAGUGUUUUCUCUACGGUGCAUCUCACUAAUACUUAUUUAUAAAAACAGUUUGAAAACUGCAGAAUGCUUAUGGGUCUCUAUUCCAAUUUCCCAGUCGCUUUAAAAGGAGCAUAUUCUUGACGGCCACUAUUUGUAGUGGAUUUGUUACUGGAUGGUGAAGGAACUGGAUGCAUUGAAGCUGCUGGACAGUUUCCAUAGUCUCAUUUAGGGUCAGUUCUUUGCACUUGGAAGAAUUAGCAUUGUGUUUUGUUUCAGAAGAGAAAAGGUUUAACAACAAUGUUAUUCUAAGUCAAUUCUAGUCACUGUGACAGUAUUUGAGAUUUUUGACCAGAACAAUUACUGAUAAAUACAUCUCUCGAAAUCUAGAACGCAGCCAAUGCUAUCCUGGAUCACCAGAUACUAAAGUCAACAUAAAAAAGGUCAUAAGUUGUAAAAUGAACCCUGUCUUAAAAAACAUUUACAGAGGUGAAAGAUAACCACUUAAAUAUUGACAGGGAUUAGAAUCUUAUGCCAAAUGUAAAAACAAGCAAUACAAUUAAAUAACUGAGCCACCAGACCAAUGCGGCUUGUAGACAUCACCCCUAGGGGUUCAGAUCACCCCUAAAAUGUCCAUUUUGUGAAAUAAGCAAGUGUUAUUCUGAUCAAAAACUGAAUAUGUUUUAUCUCAAUGUCUGUUUGUUUAUUUAGCUCGGUAGCAAAUCUAUUUUGUGAGGCAAUAUUUAAAUGUUGUGUAAUGAGAAGGCCACAUGAGAUAAAUUUCCUUCGGUUUAAAUUAAGGCAUCCUUUAAAAUACAUUUACUAUGUAACCAAAGUCAACACACAGUCAUUGUGUAUUACACAGAAAAGGAUAUAUUUUACUGAAAUCUUUUGUCAUGCAUUCUUCAUGACAGUACCAGGGAACAACAUUUGUAUUAGAAGUGUGCUAAUAGUUGGCAAGUGGAUUGGUAUAGAUAUUGUCGAGAGUGGAAAAGCACAGCAGAUCAGGCAGCACCAGAGGAGCAAGAGAAGUGACGUUUCAGGUACAAGCCCUUCAUCAAGUAUAGAUAUUGCCAAAGAGAAUGCAUCAAUUAAAUAACAAGUGACAGCUUGCAAGUUUUAUUUAUAUCUAAAUAGGCAGGUUGAAUCUGAUUACCCUAAAGAAUUAACCAGAUUGCUGUUAGCUAUUUUGUUCAGUAUAAACAGGUGUAGUAUAUGUACUUGUCUUUCUGUCUGCAAGGAACAGGCUCUUGCAUAUCAAGGUAUGCAGAUUCCAGUACAGGCAAGUAUGUUAUACUGUGAGCCAGACUGAUUCUUAAAUUGGUUGACAAUGUAAUUCAUAACUAUUGCAUAGCAGCAGCGUACGACAGCUACUUUUACCUACUAGUCGAAUUUAUGAGAUACCCUACCCUUCUGGAUAAUGAGAGUCUUUUCAAGUCCAAAGUGGCAUUUAUGAGUUUGUACAAUGUUUGGCAUUCAAUGGAAAAAUAAUAUGAUUAACGUAGCCAUUUUCUCAGCUAGCAUUACUAGAAAAUGUAUAUGCAUUGGGGCUCCUGCAGUUCCAUACAGCGCAACGUUAACCCCGUCAGCAAUCUUGUUAAGGUCCAAGCAUUUGCUCACUAUCUAACCAUACACAGUUUGCUAUUUCUAAAAAUCUAUUAUACAAUCUAUUAUAUGGGUUUGAUAUUGCAAUGCCACUCAUUAUACUCAAAUGUUUUCUUGCCCCCUUUAAAAAUAGUGAAUACUAAAAAACCAGAAUCAAUUCAGCAAGUACCUC